GGAUGAUCCGGAGCCGCGCGGAACGGGUGCUGCGGCGAGCGCAGCCGGACGGGGCAUUAUGAACGAAGAGGAGCAGUUUGUAAACAUUGACUUGAAUGAUGACAACAUUUGCAGUGUUUGUAAACUGGGAACAGACAAAGAAACACUCUCCUUUUGCCAUAUAUGUUUUGAACUAAAUAUUGAAGGAAUACCAAAAUCUAAUCUCUUGCACACUAGAUCAUUAAGGGGCCAUAAAGACUGCUUUGAAAAAUACCAUUUGAUUGCAAACCAGGAUUGUCCUCGAUCUAAGCUUUCAAAAAGCACUUACGAAGAAGUUAAAACCAUUUUGAGUAAAAAGAUAAACUGGAUUGUACAGUAUGCACAAAAUAAGGAUCUGGAUGCAGAUUCUGAAUGUUCUAAAAAUCCUGAACAUCACCUAUUUAAUUUCAGGCAUAAACCAGAUAAAAAGGUACUUCCACAGUUUGACUCCCAAGUACCAAAGUAUUCUGCAAAAUGGAUAGAUGGAACUACAGGUGGCCUCUCAAACUGUACACAAAGAAUCUUGGAGCAGAGAGAAAAUACAGACUUUGGGCUUACUAUAUUACAAGAUUCAGGUUCCAAUUUAUGCCCUAAUAAUAUAUUGUGGCCUCAUAAUCUUAGCCAGUCACAGAAAAAAGAAGAGACAAUCUCUAAUCCAGAGGCUAAUGUCCAAACCCAGCAUCAACAUUACAGCAGAGAGGAAUUGAAUUCAAUGACUCUUCGUGAGGUACAGCAAUUGAAUGCAAAGCUCCGACAGCAAAUCCAGGAAGUUUUUGAAGAGUUAACACAACAAGUACAAGAAAAAGAUUCUUUGGCCUCAGAGCUCCAUGUCCGCCACAUUGCUAUUGAGCAGCUUCUCAAGAACUAUUCCAAGUUACCAUGUCUGCAAGUGGGGCGAACAGGACUGAAGUCACACCUGCCCAUAAACAAUUGA